AUGAAUGCACAUACCCAGAGCCAAGCGGAAGCCCAGACUGCCAGGGCAAUCGAGAGGCAACAGUAUCAACAACAACAACAACAAUUUUACCAGUCCGAGCUCUUCAAAACGCCCCCCUCGCUGUCGCUGUCCUCCGACAACGCGCCCAACAUCGCAUUCGGCAGCGAAGAGGAUGACCCGAUAGUCGAUGAAGGAGGUGCAGUGAGCAAAGAUGCUCCUGCAGCGUCGCCGUCGCCGUCGCCGACAACGUCAACCCCAACGCCAACGUCAACAAAUCCCGAGGACACGCGCACGAGGCUCGAAACCACCAUCAUCGUGCUCUCCCUCUGCGCCUCGGUAUUCCUCGCCGCUCUCGACACGACCAUUGUCACCACCGCCUUGCCGACCAUCAGCGAGCACUUCCACUCCGGCGCGGGAUACACAUGGAUCGGAUCUGCGUAUCUGCUCGCGAACGCGGCGAGCGUGCCUUCAUGGGGUAAAUUCUCGGAUAUCUGGGGACGGAAACCCAUUCUUCUCUUUGCGUCCAUCGUCUUCUUCGUGGGCAGUCUGCUUGCCGCGACGAGUGCCAGUAUAGGUAUGCUGAUUGCCGCCAGAGCGAUCCAGGGAAUUGGGGGCGGCGGAAUCAUCAUCUUGGUCAAUAUCUGCAUAACGGAUCUGUUCAGCAUGCGCAAUCGCGGUGCGUACUAUGGCAUCAUUGGAAUGGUGUGGGCAUUCGCGAGCGCCGUAGGCCCCAUCUUAGGAGGAGUGUUUACGGAGAAAGUAAGCUGGAGGUGGUGCUUUUACAUCAACUUACCGAUCACCGGCAUUGUCAUUAUCUUGCUUUUCUUCUUUUUGCAUCUCCACAACCCUCGAACGCCGGUCUGGGAUGGCCUCAAAGCCGUGGACUGGGCUGGGUCCCUCACCGUCGUGGGUGGGACGUUGAUGCUCCUCCUCGGCCUCGAAUUCGGGGGCGUCACACAUCCUUGGGACUCGGCAACCGUCAUCUGCUUGAUUGUGUUUGGGGUGGUGAUGGCAGGUCUCUUUGUAUUCAACGAGUGGAAACUCGCCCGCUACCCUUUGAUGCCGAUUCGCAUCUUCAAGCAUCGCUCUAACAUUGCUUCCCUCGGCGUCUGUUUCUGCCAUGGCUUUGUCUUCAUUGCAGGAACCUACUACGCGCCCCUCUAUUUUCAAGUUAUCCUCGGCGCUACUCCUCUCCUCUCAGGAGUCUAUCUAUUACCCUUCGCCAUGUCACUAUCUAUCAUCUCCGGCCUCACAGGUGUCUUCAUUAAAAAGACGGGAAAAUACAUCCCCAUGAUCUGGUCUGGCAUGUUCGUCCUCGUCCUCGGGUUCGGCUUAUACAUCGACUUCCCGCGUCAUUCCGGCUGGGCCAAAAUCAUCCUCUACCAGAUCGUAGCUGGGAUCGGCGUCGGGCCAAACUUCCAAUCUCCUCUACUCGCAUUGCAGGCCAUGAUCGCGCCCAGAGACAUUGCAACCGCCACCGCAACGUUCGGAUUCACGCGCAAUCUUGCAACCUCCAUCUCCGUCGUCAUCGGCGGCGUUGUCUUCCAAAACGAGAUGCAGAAACGUUACCCAGCUCUCCUUGCUGCUCUCGGCCCCGAGACGGCCGCUUCACUAACCGGGGGCUCGGCCGGCGCGAGUGUUGGUAUUGUUGCGCAGCUGCCAAAUACGCAGAGAGAGAUUGCGAGGGAUGCUUUCUAUGAGAGUCUGCGAUCGAUGUGGAUUAUGUACGUCGCGUUUGCGGCGCUUGGACUAGUAUGUAGUGCAUUUGUGGGCAGUUAUGUGUUGAGUAAGGAGCAUCAGGAGAUGAAGACGGGCUUGGUUGAGGAAGAGAAGAAUAGAAAGGGGAAUUUAGAGAAAGCGAAGAUGAGCAGGGAAGCGGCGCGGGAUAAGGAAAAGGGCAGUCGAGAGGCCGAGAAGGCUGCUGCGAGGAGAGAACAGGGUGAUGUUCCUAAAGAGGAGGUUUGA